UAAAGCCGAUCCGUGACAUUUGGGCUCAGUUCAGCCGGAGGUUUUGUACAAACACACACACAAACACACACACAGGCUCAACACUCGUCACAAUGGGGCUGACAAGCGACCCGAACUUCCAGAAUCUGGAGAAAUGGUACAAAUCCAACGCCGCCAAUCUCAACAUGAGGCAGAUGUUCGAGGAGGAUAAAACCCGAUUCCAAAAGUUCAGCUUAACAUUAAAAACAGACGAAGGAGAUAUUUUGCUGGAUUACUCCAAAAACCUCAUCAAUGAAGAGGUUAUGAAGAUGCUCGUGGAGUUGGCAAAGUCUCGAGGAGUGGAGGCGUCCAGAGACAAGAUGUUUUCAGGAGAAAAGAUUAAUUUCACUGAGGGUCGUGCUGUUCUCCACGUGGCUCUAAGGAACCGCUCAAACACUCCUAUAAAUGUGGACGGGAAAGACGUGAUGCCGGAGGUCAACAAGGUUCUGGAGAAGAUGAAAGGAUUCUGUCAUAAAGUCCGCAGUGGCGAGUGGAAGGGAUUCACUGGGAAAUCCAUCACGGAUGUGGUUAAUGUGGGCAUUGGUGGAUCUGAUCUGGGUCCGCUAAUGGUGACCGAGGCUCUGAAGCCGUACUCUAAAGGUGGCCCGAGGGUCUGGUUUGUGUCCAACAUUGACGGGACUCACAUCGCUAAAACUCUGGCUGAACUCAACGCUGAGACCACACUCUUCAUCAUCGCAUCCAAGACCUUCACCACACAGGAAACCAUCACAAAUGCUGAAUCAGCUAAAGAGUGGUUUCUGCAGGCCGCUAAAGACGCAUCUGCAGUAGCCAAGCAUUUUGUGGCGCUCUCUACAAAUGGACCCAAAGUGAAGGACUUCGGCAUCGAUCCGGAGAACAUGUUUGAGUUCUGGGACUGGGUCGGUGGACGAUACUCCCUAUGGUCUGCAAUUGGACUGUCCAUUGCACUUCACAUCGGAUAUGAGAACUUUGAGAAGCUGUUGGCUGGAGCUCAUUGGAUGGACACUCAUUUCCGCACGGCUCCUGUGGACCAGAACGCACCCAUGCUGCUAGCUCUUUUGGGAAUCUGGUACAUCAACUUCUUCCAGGCGGAGACUCACUGUCUGCUGCCGUAUGAUCAGUACAUGCACCGUUUCGCUGCUUAUUUUCAACAGGGUGACAUGGAGUCCAAUGGAAAGUACAUCACGACUAAAGGCACGCGGGUGAACUAUCACACCGGACCCAUCGUAUGGGGAGAACCGGGAACUAACGGACAGCACGCUUUCUACCAGCUCAUCCACCAGGGAACUCGAAUGGUUCCUGCUGACUUCCUCAUUCCUGCCCAGACUCAACAUCCAAUCAGAAACAGCCUUCACCACAAGAUUCUGCUGGCGAAUUUUCUGGCUCAAACUGAGGCGCUGAUGAAGGGUAAAACGACAGAAGAGGCGAAGAAAGAGCUUGAGGCCGGAGGACUGAGCGGAGACAACCUGGAGAAAAUACUGCCGCACAAAGUUUUCCAGGGAAAUAAGCCAACAAACUCCAUCGUCUUCAAGAAGCUGUCUCCGUUCACUCUGGGUGUGCUGAUCGCCAUGUAUGAACACAAGAUCUUCAUUCAGGGCGUCAUGUGGGAAAUCAACAGCUUUGAUCAGUGGGGGGUGGAGCUGGGUAAACAGCUGGCGAAAAAGAUCGAGCCGGAGCUCCAGGAUUCAGCUCAGGUCAGCUCUCAUGAUUCCUCCACCAACGGCCUCAUUAAUUUCCUCAAGAAAAACUUUGCUUGAAGAAGACCCACCCUUCUCGGAAUCCCCUGCAGCCUGAAACAUAAUGGCUGCACUGAACAGCAGCAGAUUAAUAAUAUAUUAUUAUAUUUAUAUUAUAUUAUUAUAUUUUAGUGCUGGGCAAAGAUUCAUCACAAUUAAUGGCAUUCAAAAUAAAAGUGUUUUGACAUAAAACAUAUGUGUGUGUGUUAUGUAGAGUUACUAUGUAUAUGUGAGAGACAAAACUAUACAAAACCAUUUUGUUACAUAGAUAUCUAGAUUUAUAUAUAAUUUGUAUCAUAUACAUUAUAUAUACAGUUACAUAUACAUAUUACAUAAUACAUAUACAGUUAAAGUCAGAAUUAUUAGCCCCUCUUUGAUUUUUUCUUUCUUUUUUUAAAUAUUUCCCAAAUGAUGUUUAUCAGAGCUAGGAAAUUUUCACAGUAUGUCUGAUAAUAUUUUUUCUUCUGGAGAAAGUCUUAUUUGUUUUAUUUCGGCUAGAAUAAAAGCAGUUUUUAAUUUUUUUAAAGCCAUUUUGAGGUCAAUAUUAUUAGCCCCUUUAAGCUAUAUUUUUUACAGUCUACAGAACAAACCAUCGUUAUACAAUAACUUGCCUAAUUACUCUAACCUGCCUAGUUAACCUAAUUAACCUAGUUAAGCCUUUAAAUGUCACUUUAAGCUGUAUAGAAGCGUCUUGAAGAAUAUCUAGUCUAAUAUUAUUUACUGUCAUCAUGACAAAGAUAAAAUAAAUCAGUUAUUAGAAAUGAGUUAUUAAAACUAUUAUGUGCAGAAAUGUGAUGAAAAAAUCUCUCUGUUAAACAGAAAUUGGGGAAAAAAUAAACAGGGGGGCUAAUAAUUCAGGGGGGCUAAUAAUUCUGGCUUCAACUGUAUAUAUUUUAUAUCUAAAUAUAAAUAAAUGCAAGCAUGUGUGUGUGUUUAUACACUCUAAAAAAAGACUUAUUUAUUUAACACAAUGGUUGAGUUAAAAAUAUUUGGUGCUUCGUUGGGUUGUUUUUAACCUUUAUUGGGUUAUUUAUUAAUAACUCAACCAGUUGGGUUGAAACAUUAUAAUUUUAACAGUCAACUGAUUUAACCGACCCAGAACAGCUGUAUUAUUAUGCGUACGUAAUGUUGUUUUUGCAUUGUAAAGUUUAUUUAAUGCAAUAAUAUUGUUUUUGUUUUUUAUUUACCUCUCUGUGUCGUGGUUUUUAUAUCUGUUUCACCAGCACUCUUAAUUAUUGAUGAUACAAAUGUUUGCUUCACAGCUGAUCUAUAUUAAAUGGAUAAAAGUGUCUGGAACUUAAAAUAAAACAUUUCCAAUAUUUUUGAAAACUGCAUGUUAUUUAUUUACUCAGCCACAAUAUAAAAUUAAUAGUAGUACUAGUAAUAGUAGCAGUAGUAUUACCAGAAUGGAUAAAAAUAACAUUUAAUCAAAGUAACCCAAUACAUUGGGUUAAAUUAUAUAACCCAAUGCAUUGGGUUAAAAUAACCCAUAGUUGGAAAGGUGCUAUAAUAACCUAUAGUUGAGAUUAUAUGUUGAGGUAUUUUUAACCCAACUAUUUUAACGGAGUAGUAAAUAUAUCCAGCACACACACUUAUUUUAAAUCAAAGCAAACUUUUAUUUUGGAUGCGAUUAAUUGAGAUUAAUUUUUGCCCAGCACUAACUCUUUUUUAAACUGACAGUUAAAGUGUUGUUGUUCAAUAAUGAAGUCAAGUAUUAUUCUACAAACACACUCUUAGAAAAUGCUGGGUUGUUUUAACCCAGUGUUGGGUCAAAUAUGGAUAACCCAAUCAUUGGGUUAAAAAAGUGUAAUUUAAAUUUAAUACAAAAAAUAACCCAAUGAGUUGGCGUGAUAGCCCAGUGGUUAGUGCGCUGACAUAUGGUGCGGCAGUGCUCCGGGCGUCCUGAGUUUGAGUCCCAGCUCGUGGACCUACUGACCUGUCAAUUAAUGGCAAAAAUGACAAAAAUAAAUCUUUAAAAAAAUUAACAUAACAAUAAUAACUCAAUGGUUGGGUUUGUAGUACAUAUUUGACCCAACUUUGGGAUUUUUGUUAGAGUGGUGUAGUAGUCAGUAUUGUGAAUUAAAAUAUAUCAUUCAAAUAUAACAGAUGUAUCCUGCUUUUAAAAAAUCUUUUAAGCACUGUUUCUUUUACAGUUUAUGUAUGGCUCACAUGUGGGACUUUUAUUUUGCAAAAUAAACCACUCUGCAAAACAA